AUGCAUUGUGCGGCGAUAGCCGUGGAGGAGAUCCAACAGUCCCUGAGAUCAGGACGUCUCUCCACAGAUGAACUGUCUCCUGCUCAGUGGUCAGCUCUGGUCUUCAUCUUACUGUCAUCAGAAAAGGAUCUGGACGUGUUUGACCUGAAGAAAUACUCUGCUUCAGAGGAGGCUCUUCUGAGGCUGCUGCCAGUGGUCAAAGCCUCCAACAAAGCUCUAAGUCCAGAGAGAACUGAGUGGCUCCUCAGCUCCCAGUCCUCUAGUCUGAGAGAGCUGGACCUGAGUAACAACGACCUGCAGGAUUCAGGAGUGAAGCUGCUGUCUGCUGGACUGGAGAGUCCACACUGUGAACUGGAAACUCUCAGGCUGUCAGGCUGUCUGAUCACAGAGGAAGGCUGUGCUUCUCUGGACUCAGCUCUGAGCUCCAACCCCUCCCACCUGAGAGAGCUGGACCUGAGCUACAAUCAUCCAGGAGACUCCGGAGUGAAGCCGCUGUCUGCUGGACUGGAGGAUCCACACUGGAGACUGGAAACUCUCAGGGUGGAGCCUGCUGGAGUCCGAUGGGUCACACCAGGUCUGAGGAAGUAUUCCUGUGAACUCACACUCGACACAAACACAGUGAACAGAAACCUCAAACUGUCUGACAACAACAGGAAGGUGACACGUGUGGAGGAGGAUCAGUCAUAUCCUGAUCAUCCAGACAGGUUUGACUACUGUCCUCAGCUGCUGUGUACAACUGGUCUGACUGGUCGCUGUUACUGGGAGGUUGAGUGGAGAGGAAGAGUUCAUAUAUCAGUGAGUUACAGAGGAAUCAGAAGGAGAGGAGACAGUGAAGACUGUUUGUUUGGAGGGAAUGAUCAGUCCUGGAGUCUGAGAUGCUCUGAUGAUGGUUACUCUGUCUAUCACAAUACAACAGAAACACGCAUCUCCUCCUCCUCCUCCUCCUCCUCCUCCUCCUCCUCCUCUGGUAGAGUAGCAGUGUAUGUGGACUAUCCUUCUGGCUCUCUGUCCUUCUACAGAGUCUCCUCUGACAAACUGAUCCACCUCCACACCUUCAACACCACAUUCACUGAACCUCUUUAUCCUGGGUUUGGGUUCAGGUUCUGGUCUGGUUCCUCAGUGUCUCUGUGUUCUCUGGAGGAGGGAGAGUCUCCUCCUGGUAGAGAAACUUUCUCUCUGCUGACCAGAUAGUUCAGUCUGUACAGGAUCACACACAGCUGAUGUUAGUUAGUACCAACCUGAUCUCUCAGUGGUUGUAAAUGCAGUCUGAGCAGGUGAGGGGUACCUGAGCUGGUCUGGACUCUGGGGGGUUGAGAGCUCUCUGGGACUGAGCGAGGUCCAUGUAAUUACCUGAAAUGAUCAGUUGUCUGAGAGAAGGUGUGA